AUGAACAUGCCGCACCUCAUGCGGCACAUCCAGGACACCGGGGCACUGCUUGACACUCUCUUCCCCAUUCAGCGGCAGUCCACCGCCGCCGUCCCUCCUUGCUGUACUGGGUCUCCUAGCUGCGUAAGUGGCGACAGCGAAGCUGCCGAGGAGGACGCGGAGCAGCUGGUCUCUGUUCAGACGGUCUCGGCAGCGCCUGCGUUUCGCGAGGAUGUUGUGGCGCUCCAUGCUACACUGCAGAAGCGCCUCGAGGAUCGCCGCGCGCGGCCUACGGGCCUGUGCCCCAUUCGGCGCGCACUCUAUUGUGACCUGUUCUCAGAGCUGGUGCGCCAGGUUACAGUCGAAGAACCGGCGCGGGGUCUCUUGCUGGCCCGCGUGCGAGAGGAAGCGGAACACGCCAUCCAGGUCCACGCUGCUUUGCUGUGCGAAGGCCAACGGUUUGUCGCCGGUAAGCUGAUGCAGGAGAAACAGGACGCACUCGCCCUGAAAGAGCGCAUCGCCGCCCUGCGUCAGGAGAAGGUGGCGUUAGAGGUACAGAAGCACGAGUUACUCGAGACACUGAAGGAAAUGGAGCAGCUCUUCGAGGAGGAACGGCAGCUGCGGCGCAAGCAGCGGCAGGAUGAAGUGAAGUACUUGCGGCACGCGAACCAGCAGCUGAGCCUGCGACUGAAGAUGGAGACGGAGCGAGAGUCGGCCGCGACUGAGGUAGAGGGUAGCAGUGAGGCAGCGCCAGCGACGUCGUAA